GGCCGCCUGGGCCGGCACUCAGGCCCUCGUUGCCCAGGAGAUGGCGCAGAGCUCCUGCACGGGCUCCCACCUAAGGGAGACCUCCCUCCUCUGCAGGAGCACCGAAGAUGUGGAAGAAACAGAGUUCAGAGCGAUGUUUAGGAAGAACUGAAAUAUAGUGUUCUGCUCUAAGACAGAGAGAGCAAUGCUUUAAAAAGACAACUUUCCACAUUUCAUGGUAACACACACAGGAAAAAAGCCAAGAUGGAUAAUCAAGAAUGGUACUUGAGAACCUCAAAGCUGGCUCUGGCCUUGGCAAUUAUCCGCUCAAAACCAGCAGACAAAAGCAGCAGAGAAUACACAGAGCACCUUGCAUUGGUGGUGUCUGGGCAGGAGUCGAAGUGGAGAUCAAAAGUUGAAGCCUUAGAAGCUGAAGUUCUGCAAUUACGUCAAAAACUUCUUCUGAGCAAGAUUUGUUCUGGAUUAUUUAAGAGUGGAGACCCAUCUUCCCAGUUGCAGACUCAAGAAUCUGGAAGUUCUGAAAGUACAGUAACGGUGCUAGAAGAUUCAGGAUGUGAUUUAUCACAUGAGCAGAAAACUGAAUCUUCAGAGAUGUCACAGCAUUUUGUGGGGAGCUGCACCCCCACGCUCUUUCCACCACUGCCCAUUGUGAAAAAACAUAGCGCUACUCCAGAAAAUCCUCUGUCUUCUCACAUGCAAUUCCUGCAACAUCUACUUGAACUGAAGAACUGGACAGAAUCAGAGAGCCUAAAAACAGACUUAAGCCACUUUGAAAACAACUCUUCCACGGUGUCUGAUUCUGUUUUUCAGUUGCUAGAUGGCCUGAUCACUUUUUACCGUGAACCCAAAUUUCCUUUUUCAAACUUUUGUAUUGAAGCUGUUGAUACUUUAGCUAGACUGAUCAGUGACUGUAACUUAUCUAAUCAUAUUCUUAAAAAGUGUUCCAAGAAGUUGGAAGAAUUUGAGAAAACUCUGCUACAGAUUAUUUUAAGGAACAACCACAUAAAUCGGUUUCAGGUGCAGCAAUAUGUCGCUCAGAGUCUGGUAACCCUGGGAAGUUGCAACUUGUUGAGAAAAUCUAUAAUAUCUCAGCUUCUGUCAGAAGUAAAUAGCUUCAUUGAUGAUCUGGGUACCAUCAAUCAGGUGCAAGCCAGUUAUGAUGUGACACGCUAUGAAAAUAUUUUCUCCUUCUUCUGGGUUCUGGAGCAGCUUCUUCAGAAGGAAAAUGAAAAAGGCAACAUGUCAAGCAUAGGACGUGAUGACCUAGAAAUCAAGAAAUUUCUUCAGAAGCAUGAUGAAGCUAUUUUCCUACUCUCCGAUGCGUUUCCUUUAUUUACUUUUUAUUUAUGGAGACUGGGCAUUCUCUUGGACUCCAUAGAGAGAGAAACUGUUGAAAGUAACUCACUACCUUAGCAAUUUACCAAAUAUCAGAAGCAUACUAAAGUUGAAUAUACAAGGAUCUUGUACUUAAAAGAUUUUCAAGAAUAUUUUUAAAUGAGGAUUUUAAAUGGAUCUCCAAAUAUAAUCAUUAAUUAAUAGUUAAUCUUAAAUUGUGCAUAAAAGACUAUGAGUCAUUAUAGUAUAGAAAUACUAUAAUCAGCCUGUAUCAGUCUCAUUCCCACAUCUUACAGUAUGUUACUCAAUAUGGUCUGGCUCUAUAUUCCCUAAAAUGGACCAUUAUUUGUCUCUAUCAUAAAGAUAUUUACAUUGUAAAAUAUUUCCAUGUAAUAGAUACUAAAAGGUAACAGAUGAGAUCUUAAAAGUGGUAUUGCUUGAUCCAUGCAGUAUUUAAAAUGAAUGGUUAAAAUUAGAUUUUUAAAACUUUAUUUUCUUACAUAGUUUCACAUAUCCUUGUCUAUCAGAAGGGACUCCUAUAGAAGGAGAAAAGUCUUUUAUGUUUAUAAAGGUAAUUGCCUUUAAUUUUAUAUAACCAAAACAUUUGUCAAAUCCUUUUGAAAAUGCUAAUUAGCUGUUUAAAUGUUCUGUUUGUUUUUUUCAAAAAAUGUUUGUUUUGAUUCUGUUGAUUAUAUAUAAUAUCCCCGUUAUUGUUAAAAUAUAGUUAAGUCAUGUAUAGUAAGUCAUUAAGGAAAUUUUCACAAAUUCUAAUAUCUGUCUAUAAAUAUACUUUAUACUUACUAAAAGUAUAUUUAUAGUUACUAAAAGUACUGGUUGAAUUUUCCAGUUACAUAGUUUCAUUGACUUUAUUUCAAUUAUUAAAAUCAUAACCAACUAGCUUAAUAAGCGCACAUUAUGUACUUUCCUGUAGUAAAAUUUAGGGCACAACAAAUACAGAUUUGCUUCAUUAAUUAUGUGUGAUAUCUGUCUCAUAAGUUAAUUACCAUUUCUCAAUGCCACUAGUAUUCUUUGAAGUGUAUGUAAAAUCAUAUCAUUGUCUGUCACAAUUAUUUUUGGAGUUAUUUCUAGCUUUCUAGAAAAGAUAAAGCCAUUUUUAUAAUGCUGAAACUCAAUGUAUGUAUCAGUCAGUGACCGUCAUGUAACAACCACAAAAUCUCAGGGAUGUACAAGUAUUUAUUUCUCAGAUGUUGGUGGGUCACUUGGGGAUCAGCUCAUCUAAACUGGGCUCUGGUGGAAAGCUGCUCAGGUUGCACCUCCCACUGAGCUAGGAUCCUUGUUGUACAUUAAUUGGGCUUCGGUCUCCUUCACAUGUGCAUAUUCUGGGGCCCAGGUUGAGAGAGGAAAGCAGCUCCUUGGGGGAAGCUGCUCUGUGACAAUGGCAGAUUGGCAGAAGAAAAAGGGCAAGGCUGAGAAAUGCCACACUGUAAUUUCUGCCCACAUGCAUUGGCCAAAGUACAUCAAAUGGUCAAGCCCAGAGAAAAGAGACAGGGAAGUACGCUCCACCUUGAGCGGGACAACUUGCAAUGUUACAUGACAAAGAGCACAUAACAGGAGAGAGUGGAGAUCGGGGCAAAUUAUUUACUCCACCACACACACCAGUUGAAUACUCGAAGGAUAUUCUAGAUUGUGAAUGAGGAGGAAUUUUGCUACUAUUUGAUUCCUGGGAAUUGUAUAAAUCAUUUCAGCGGAGGACACUAAACAAAAUCCACUACCCAUGAUGUCUCCCCAACCUCUCUCUUCCGUAAUGACUAGACAAGGUUGGUAAAUACACACGCAAUAGCAAUUAUUCCACUGCAGUCAGCCAACAUAAUGAUCCUAAGAAGCCUUUUGUAACAAGAACAGAUUUCUUAAUUCCAGUAGUCAUCAAAGCUUCAAGGUCUGAAAACUCGCCUAGGAAACGUGUUGAUUAUAGAAAAACAAAGAGAUGUUGGGAUUGUUAAUGUAUAAAAUGGAGAUACAUUUAACUUCCGUUUGGUAUUAUUUUAAUGGAAACACUAAACUGGCGAAUUAUGAUACCUAAUCCUUCAUUAUUCUGCGUUUCAGUCUAUAACAGUGUUAUCUGUGCUGUGAAUUUAGUAUUGAGGUCUAAACAUCCUGCUGGUGGAAAAGGAGAUAAAAGGAUCCAUUUUUAUCUGUGUGUUUCAAUAAAGCAAUGAAAGAAAACGAAUGAAUGAUUUAAAUUAAACUUAAGAAUAUUGUAACAAUUAGGAUUUGAUGAAUGUCUAACUUUACAAUUAAGAUUUUUGAGGAUAAGAAUAACAGAGACAGUAGAAAUUGAGCUGAGCUGAAACUGGAUAUAGAAUUGUAUGGGAAUUAAAAAAAGACCAUGGAACAGUCCUGAAAA